GAUAAGGCUAGUUUGAACCUGUAGUAUUUCAAAAUUCACGACAUUGUAUGCACAUUUUCCUAUUUAUAUUGACUUGGACUAACCAUUAUGAUUUUCAAAUAUUUUGUUUAUAUGUCUUUGAUUGGUGCAUACGUUAGGGCGGACUUUGAUUGUUUAUGUAAUUACAAUGUGGAAAAAAGUGUCCUCGCAUCGGCCUCAGAACAAAGCCAACCAAUUGGCUACUUGUACGAGUUUGACUGUAAACCAACUUUAAGCAAGUCUUUAGCACCAGCCGAGUGGACAGUGAUUGCCUAUGAACACCAGACAGGCUUUGUUAAAACAGAUGACCAUACAAAAGUCCAAGUUUGCCCAGGCGAAGUAUCUCCGGAUGACAGAUUGACGACAUUGUCUGCUCCCAAUGUACAAACAUCAACCUCACCAAGUGUACAUUCAACUACAACCUAUGUACAGACUUCCAUGUCCACAAAGGUAUCGACAUCAACGGCGGCAGUUAUGUCAACAACAACGACAGCAGUAAAGUCAACAACACAUUUAGCAACAACUUCAGAGACAGCAGUGAUGCUUACGACAACAUCACCUAAUCCCACAACUACUGUAGCAUCUAUUACAGUAACAACUGACAACGGAAAUACAACAGGAGGGGAAUUAGGCUGUCCAAUGAUAGUUCAACAAAGCGCUGCUCAGGAAAGUGGAACAUUAUUUAUCAACAAGAAUGACCAAAAAUGUUAUGAAAUGGUUACAACUGUUCACAGCUGGGAGUAUGCUGAGAGAGAUUGUAAAAGUAAAGGCGGACAUUUAGCAACAAUUGGUGACGCCUUAGACGAGGAAAUUGUGUAUAAAUAUGUAAAAGCAUAUGGGCAUCCCACAUGGAUCGGCUUACAUGAUAUGAAUAAAGAGGAAACUUUCGAAUGGGCUUCAGGAGAACCUGUUGCUUAUCUUAAUUGGCACGCUGGCAGGAAAGAUAUAUUUUUUCAUAAUAUAGAAGACUGUGUUGCCAUGGGACCACUAACGGGUACCUGGGAGGAUAUGGACUGUCUAGAUAGAUAUGCAUAUAUUUGCGAAUAUGACGAAGUUUAUGGCGCCAAUUAUGUAGUGAUAACCCCUCCUACAGGAUCCUAUACAGACGGCAAUACGAAUAUGUGUUCUGCAAGCGUACAAUCGGCUGCCCUCCGUGACAGUGCAGCUCUUGGCCAAUAUGGAAGAAGUUGCUACGAAUUGAUAUUACACACAAAGGUUAGAUGGGAGCAUGGUGAAAGUAUGUGUAAAAGCCGCGGCGGUCAUUUGGCACAUAUAUAUAGCGCAGACGAGCAAGGUUUUGUCCAGUAUUUCAUGAAUCGUCACUCACCUCAACAUGCUGUUUGGAUUGGCCUGCAUGAUACAAGUGUUGAGGGACAGUUUGAGUGGACAACAGGAAAUGCUGUUAAUUAUACCAACUGGAUUCCUGGACAUGAAGCAAAUUUUGAAAGCUCCAAGACGGAAGACUGUGUUACAUUCAUCCCUUACAAAAACGGACAAUGGGACGACAUACCAUGCGGUUAUAAUUUUAUUUUUGGAGACAGCGGAGAAACUCAUCCUUUCCUCUGCCAGUUUGACAUCGAUUCUUCUCAAAUAGUUGUUGGAUAAUAUUAAGUAUAACAUUUGCAGAACUUAAAACUUGUACAGAUUUUUUUUAUAGAAAUAUAAAGUUUGUCUCAUUGACUUGAGUUUGUUUUCAUUUGAG